AUGGUCGAAGAUGACCAAAAAAUCACCGAAGAAACAACGGUGAUCAAUGAUCACAAAAUUGGUUACUGCAAAUACGGCAAAGGGCCGAACCCUGUGCUUUGCAUUUGCGGAGCUGUUGGGUGUUACAAAAAAGACUGGCCAAGCUCGAUACUACAGCACUUCGACGCUGAUUUGGUGACUCUGGUUUGCAUAGAUCCUCCAGGCUACGGCACAUCUCGUCCUCCGGACCGGAUACAGGAAGUGAACAGAUGCAUGAAAGACGCUGACUUUUGUCUAAAACUAAUGGAGCAACUCAACCUCGUUCCCUUUACUGUGAUGGGAUGGUCCGAAGGCUCGCGAACGGCCAUUCAUGUUGCAGCGCAAGGAGGAAAAGAGAAGGUAAGGUUUUCUCCUCAUCGCUCAUUUGCAAAAAAGUUUGUUUCCUGUAAAAAAUAAAU